AUGCCUCAACCUUGUUCUCAGAAUUCUACUGCUUCAACCAUUCUGAUAUUAAUUGACUUUUCAUCAUCGGAGAAACAUGUUCAUCCAUUGCUGAGAAAUAAAUUUCAAUUACAGCAAUGUGGUAAAAAGAAAUGGCUCGAACAUCGAGAACAAUGGUUGCAUCAUCCCAACAACGUGCAAGGUCUCUAUUUUAUUCCCAUUGAAUUUAUGAAUGAUCGAGCCUUUGUUUUGGAUUUUAUUAAACAUAACAAAAAAGGACUCGAGAGUUGUUCGUCUUUAUUGAGAGAGGACCGAUCAUUUGUGAUGGAAGCACUCAAAUAUGAUCAACGUCCUUUUAUUCCAUCCAAGUUUUUUAGAGAUAUAGAGUUUCUUCGGGAAGCAGUUCAAUAUACUGGGCAUUUAGAUAUUAGGUAUCAUCGAGAGGAGUUAAUUCAAGAUAGGGAGUUCAUGUUACAGCUGUUGAAACAUAAUUUCCGAUUUUUCCAGCAAGCACCACGCGAGAUGAAAAAUGAUAGAGAAAUUGUGCUUCAAAUUAUCAAACAAAAUGCUUCAAUGAUAGAAUUUGCAUCGGAUGAAAUACAGAACGAUCAAGAGAUUGUAUUAGAAGCGCUCAAGAAUGAUUAUUCCGUUUUACAGGUGGUGCCGAAAGAAAUGCGUAACAACAAACAAGUGAUGAUGCAAGUUGUGAGAAGGAAUAGUGACAUGUUGAAAUAUGCAUCUGAUACGUUGAAAAACGACCCAGAACUCGUAUUAGCAGCAGUUCAAUCGUAUGCAGGUUCAUUCAAAUAUGCAUCUCAAGAAUUGCAAAAUGACAGAAAGUUUAUUCUAAAUCUUGUAGAACGAUAUGGUGGCGUAUAUUUAUAUAUUCCAGAAGAGUUUAUACAUGAUAAGGAAAUAAUUUUAAAGGCAUUGAGUAACGGUAGCGACAUUUUUUCAAGAAUUCCUAACGCUAUUAAGAACAAUAUUGAGUUUUUGUUAGAGGCAUGUCCUUUUACUGGACUAGCUCUGAAAUACUUACCUGAACCAUAUAAGAAUGAUCGAAAUUUUGUAUUUCCGAUUAUUCAACGGUACGGUUAUGCAUUAGAGUUUGUUUCGGAUGAAUUGAAACGAGAUCGAGAAUUAGUGGUCAUGGCGGUCGAGCAAGAUGGUUGGAACUUGGGCUGGGCCUCCAAAGAGCUUAAAGCUGACAAAGAACUUGCAAUUCUUGCAACGACAUGUAAUCCAUAUCUCAUUGAUAUCAUACCUCCAGACGUGGAGUUUUACAAGGAGCUUGCGUUGGAAGCAAUCAAGAAAGCUCAUGAUGUUUACAAUUAUCUUUCAGUGGAAUUGAAAAGAGACAAGGACAUUUUACAGCAAGUCAUUUCAAAUCCUAAUUUUAAAAUGCACCAUAUUGAAGAGAGUUGGAGCGAAUUGGUCUACAUGAAAGAGUUUAUUUUGAAUGCCAUAGCAGCUAAUGGUCGCAUAUUAUCAGGUGCUCCACCGGAAUUAAUAAGCGAUCGAAAAUUUAUUUUGGAAGGCGUUAAAAGAAAUGCUCUGGUAUUGAAGUUUGUGGAUGAUCAAUUGCAAAAUGAUCCGGAAAUUAUGUUGGAAGCACUGUUAAAGCACGGUUAUGUCGAGCAGUACAACGAACAGCAAUACAGGAUACGAAUGCAGCACUGUUAUUGGGACUGCUAUCUUGGAAACGCAUGA